AUGCCAGAGCAAACCAGUAUUGAAUUUGUGCCUUUGGACGGCCAGCCUUUUGGCGCCGAGGUCCGUCUGCCCAGCUACACGACCAACCCUGCCGAGCUGAACGACGCAGACUUCCAGAAGCUCAAGGAGGGCCUGAUGACGUACUCCGUGCUUGUUGUGCCAAACCAGGAGAACCUGUCGCCGGAGUCGCAGCACUCGCUGACCGUGCGCUUCGACCCGACCACCAGCAGCGGCUACGGCCACGACCCGAGCCUGUUCCACUCGUCCAAGUCGAUUCUGGCCAAGGACGGGCGCUCGGUGCCUACCCGGCCCGAGGUCCAGAUGGUGGGCAACGGCUCGUUCGAGGCGGGCCACGAGGGCAUGAAGGCGUUCACUCUUGAGCACCCGACCCACCACCAUUUCCACAAGGACGUCCUGAGCGACGAGGAGGUUGCGCGCGGCCAGACCCGGUUCUACAGAUGGCACAUCGACGCGGCGCUGUACGAGCUGGCGCCGCCCGUCGUGACGACGCUGCUGGGGCUGAUCGUCCCGUCCAAGAACGAGACGCAACGAGUCGUCUACGAGGACACCAAGGAGGUCAAGGAGCUUGUCAAGGGCGCCACCGCGUUUGCGUCGGGCAAGAUCGCGUUCGACCUGCUUUCCGACGAGGACAAACAGUUCGCGCUCAACCACACCGUCGUGUACGCUCCGCAUCCAUACAUCUUCAUCAACAGCUGCAAGGCCACCUCCGACGGCCUCACCAUCGUUUCCGAAAAGCCACCCAAGGAGGUGCCUCUGGACGAGCUGCCACCAUGGGAGCCGUCCAAGGUCAAGAAACUGCCAAUGGUCUGGACGAACCCGGUCACCAAAAACCAGCAUCUCCAGGUGCACGGCUGCUGCGUGUACCAGCUGGUGAACACCAAGACGGGCGAGGUGGUGGCCGAGCUCGAGCAGGCGCGCGAGAUAGUGCACCGGUUCAUGCGGCCUGCCAUCUCGCCGCAGCACAUCUACUGCCACGGCUGGAACAAGGGCGACUUGUGCAUCUUCCACAACCGCGGCGUGAUCCACACCGUCACCGGCGAGUUCGAGCCGCACGAAAAACGGCUCAUGCACCAGUGCAACGUUGCCAGCGGCGAGGACCCUGUCCUGCUUAACUAG